AUGUCGCUUCCCAUUCGGUUAUCACGAACGUUGGUGCGGUCCUACGGCACUGUCCAGGGUUCCAGUGCUGCGUCGUUGACCAGCAUCCCUCUCACUCUAACCGACGCUACGGGUGCUACCGCUCCCCGGACCACAUGGACCCGAGAUGAAGUCAAACAGAUCUAUGAAACCCCAUUGAGCCAACUCACCUACGCGGCAGCUGCUGUCCACCGUCGCUUUCAUGAUCCUGCAGCUAUUCAGAUGUGCACCCUAAUGAACAUCAAGACCGGUGGAUGCAGUGAAGAUUGUUCAUACUGUGCCCAGUCGUCCAAGCACAACACUGGUCUAAAGGCUACUAAAAUGAGCCCCGUCGACGAGGUCCUCAUUAAGGCCCGCAAUGCCAAGGCCAAUGGUAGCACUCGGUUCUGCAUGGGCGCAGCGUGGCGCGACAUGCGUGGCCGUAAAACGAGUCUUAAGAAUGUGAAGCAAAUGAUCACCGGGAUCCGCGAGAUGAACAUGGAGGUCUGUGUGACCCUAGGCAUGAUCGACGAACACCAAGCCAAGGAACUUAAGGAAGCCGGCCUAACUGCAUACAACCACAACCUUGAUACCUCACGUGAAUUCUAUCCUACCAUCAUCACUACCCGCUCUUACGACGAGCGCCUGAAGACGCUCUCGCACGUGCGUGAUGCCGGCAUCAACGUCUGCUCCGGUGGUAUCCUCGGUCUGGGCGAGAGCGACGCCGACCGUAUUGGUCUCCUGCACACGGUUUCUAGUCUGCCUGCCCACCCUGAAUCCUUCCCCGUCAAUGCCCUUGUCCCCAUUCCUGGUACUCCUCUGGGCGACCGCAAGAUGAUCCCCUUCGAUCGCCUGCUGCGCACCGUCGCCACCGCCCGUAUCGUCAUGCCCAGUACCAUCGUCCGCCUGGCUGCCGGUCGCAUCGCACUCACAGAAGAGCAGCAGGUUGCCUGUUUCCAAGCAGGUGCCAACGCUAUCUUCACCGGUGAGAAGAUGCUUACCACUGACUGCAAUGGGUGGGAUGAGGACCGUGCCAUGUUCGAUCGCUGGGGAUACUACCCCAUGAAGAGCUUCGAGAAGCCUGCCCCUAGGGCUGAUUCCACUGCUCCUACCCCGCCUUCUGUGAAUCCCGAGGCUACUUCUGCGCCGAUCGCAGCGAGCAUUUAG